AUGUUGAACAACACAAUCAUUAGGUCAAAGACCUUGAUAUCAUCAACAUGUUGUGUCAAUGUAUAUUAUACUAGAGCAUUAUCAACCUCUACCCAACAGCAGCAAAGGACAUCAACUACAUCUACAAAGAAACAACAACAACAACAACAGAGAAAAGUUGUAUCUAAACGAAUAUUCGAUCAAUUGUUGCGCGAGAAGGUAGAAUGGGAGACGGCAACAUCACCAGAGUUUGCCAAUCGCAUGAACAAGCCAUUCGUUGCUAACAACUAUGGUGUGAUCAAGCAGGACAUCAACCGAAUGGUGCAUGAGGUGCGCAUGCUGAUCGCGCCCAACACCGACAAGCUGGUCGACACCAACGACGCGCUGGAAGCCUACGAGCAGGUCGUCGAGGAGAUGGAGGAGAUGAUCUCCAAGCUCAGAAACGAGGCCACCGAGGUCGCCAACGCCCAGUCAGAGAUCAGCACCACACCAGCGCUUAGCAACAGCGCCGUCGUCAGAAUGAUUCUGAACCGUCCCGACCUCAACAAGAAGCCCACGCAGCGUCUGAUUGACGAGCUGUCGAUGGACGACGCGCGUCUCGCUCACGAGUUCAGCAACGAGCUGCCCGAGAACAUUAACGACCUCCAGACGCUCAAGGAGCGUCUGAUCGACGUCAGAAAGAGGAUCAAGGAGAUCGAAGACGACGCUGAGGACGAGGAUGACGAUGAUGAGCAGACCGAGUCCUACGAUCUCAUGCGUCUGCGUGACAUCAAGCUCCGUCUCUACAGGAGAAGAGAGCAACUGCGCGCCGCUCAAGACAUUGACCCACGCCAGAAGGAGACCAGACGUGGCAAACUGUUCGAACGUCCAGGUGACGUACCUCUGUACGACUUUGCUCGUAUGAAGUUGGACGAGUCUACCAAUACUAAAGAGUUGAAGGACAUGGAGAGACAGAUGGACUUGAUCCAGGAGGCCAAGAAGAUGAGAGAGAGCAAGAGAAGACAAUAA